ACGGAACGGAGAAAAAGAAAUGAACGCCCUAAAACCUGUUUCUCCCUUCAGGCUCUGCUCCCUCCUACGCCUCCAGAAAGACCCAAACCUUGCUCUCAGCCUCUUCCAAAACCCUAAUCCUGAUGCCUGCUCCAAGAAGCCAUUCCGUUAUACCCUCCUUUCGUAUGAUCUCAUCAUCAGUAAGCUCGGUCGUGCCAAAAUGUUCAAUGAAAUGGAACAAAUCCUUCUCCAGCUAAAGAAUGACACUAGAUUGGUACCCAAUGAGAUAAUCUUUUGCAAUGUCAUUAAAUUCUAUGGUCGUGCUCGUUUACCAGACCAUGCACUCAAGGUGUUCGAUGAAAUGCCCUCUUAUCGUUGUCAGAGAACUGUCAAGUCAGUGAAUUCAUUGUUGGAUGCACUCUUGAAUUGCCGUAGGUUUGAUAAAAUGAGGGAAGUGUUUGUGGGUAUGGAGAAAUAUGCCUUCCCAGAUACUUGCACUUAUAAUGUAUUGAUUCAUGCGUGUUGUUUGAAUGGUUGUAUGGAUGAUGCGUGGGUUGUAUUUGAGGAAAUGCGGAGGAAAGGUUUGGAGCCAAAUGGUGUUACGUUUGCAACACUGAUAAAAAGGUUUUGUGUGGAUUUGAAGAUGAAGGAAGCUUUCAAGUUAAAGGAGGAUAUGGUUAGGUUUUUUGGUUUGUCUCCUAAUGCAUAUGCGUACAGUUCCUUGAUUAAAGGGCUUUGUGGGGUUGGUGAGGUGAAUUUAGCAUUUGAGCUUAAGGAGGAAAUGGUGAAAAAUAAUAUCAAAGUGGAUUCUGCAAUUUAUUCUACUUUGAUUAGUGGACUUUUUAAGGUUGGGAGGAAAGAUGAGGUUUCUGGUGUUUUAGAGGAAAUUCGAAUCAAUUGCUGCAAACUUGAUACCAUUACUUACAAUGUGAUGAUUAAUGGGUUCUGCAAACUUAAGGAUUUUGAAGCAGCAUAUAGAAUUUUGGAAGAGAUGGCAGAUACUGGUUGUAAGCCAGAUAUUAUUAGUUACAAUUCUAUAAUUGGUGGAUUAUGCAAGGAUGGGAAAUGGAGUGAUGCUAAUGAUUUAUUUCAAGAUAUGCCAAGGCGUGGAUGCAUUCCUGAUGUUGUGUCCUAUAGGAUGCUUUUUGAUGGGAUCUGUAGUGGGUUAGAGUUCAAGGAAGCAGCAUUAAUUUUGGAUGAGAUGAUUUUCAAAGGUUAUGUACCUCAUUCGGCUAGUAUAAAUAGGUUUGUUGAUGGAUUAUGUCAGGAAGGAAAUAUCAAUCUAUUAUCAAGAGUUCUGAAAAGCUUGGGAAAAGGAAAUGUAAUUGAUCGGGAGAUAUGGAUGAUGGUGAUUUCUAAGAUCUGCAAGGAAGAAAAGUUGUCAAUUGUACCUGAUCUUGUUGAUACUUUGGUUGGGCCUAACUGAAGCCCAGGUGAUAGAUAAAAUCAGUUUUUAGUUUUGACCUUGUUCCAAGUGGGUAAAUUAAUGUCCAGCAAAGUGCUCUGGGAUUGCUCUGGGAUUGUUCCAAACCCCCCCCCCCCCCGGCAGCACUGGUUAAGGUUGGGUUGGUUUAGGUUAGAGCUGGUAGAAAGGGAAUGGGAGGUGGAUUUAGAGUGCUUCAUCUUGUCCGACUGUUUCUUGCAUUUCUUCCUGAGGUUCAGAAUGCUGAUAAACAGAAUUCCAUUUAGGAAGAAGGUAAUAUAAACAGUCUUCACAAUUUUCAUUUUCUUUGUUUGUAAUCAGCUUCCACUGUAUGGCAUACACUCUUCAAUCAGUGCAGAUUCAUUUUGUUGGAUGCAUGUCAUUCUUGCUUCAAGCUGAGGGAUGGUAAUGGAUCUCGGGAUCACGACAAUUGUCAUACAUGGCGCUGGUAAUGCAAUUCCUGUCUGGUACAAAGAUAACUGAAGUGGACAACAAUGUUCAUGAAAACCGUGUCAUACCGUUCUAUGUGGGAACUGCAGUGGAAACUUUAUUGUGAAUCUUCUUGUCAAGGGAAGGAAUCUGAAUAUGCAGGCGGGCAAUUUUCCCUGUUGGUGGCCUUGCAUAUUAUACGACUGCACGUCUGCACCGUGAAGGUGUGAAUUUUUUUUUUUUUUGGGUACAUUGGGCAAUGCUUACAGCAUUGGAUUAUCUAGUGGCACGUGGCCUACAAAUUCCUAAAUUAUUUUCUUGAAAAAGAGAUUGAACCACAUUAGGGGGUUGUUCGAAAUAAAGGAAACCUCUCCCUAACUGAUAAAACUGAGAUGCCAUUGCAUCUGCACAAAAGUUUUGCUUUUGAAAUACACGUUGAAUCACACA